AAGGAUUGCUUAAUAUGCCCAUGAGAACAUCCCGUACCAGCAUCCCUUGUCUCUCUUCACCUCACCCAAGUGCACAAGACUGACAGGAGCAAUGGCCAUUCACAUGUCUGCAGUACAGUAACGAGGGAAAGAUGCUUUUGGAAACAAUCAGCCCCCCGCCACAAGUCGCUCCAAGAUCUACCGAGGCUUGACGCGUUAGAUCCACAGAUGUGGGUGGCGUGGUCGGUGUGUGGAUUUGUCUGAUUGAGCCAUUAGAGUUGAGUAACUUUGGAGAACGCACGCCCGUUUACGCUGAGCUGAGGAAUGGACGCACUCGUGAAGUGAACGUCGAUGGAGAAUGUUCAAGGUCCUCGCUGGCGUCGAGGCAUGGAUGCAUUCCUGCUCUACCUUCUUCUGCUAAUUGGAAUUGCGAAGGGAUCGAAUUACGGCUACGUGGAAUGGUCUGAAAAUGACAAAGAUCCUGAAAUCAAGGCUAAAUACCCGAUUUACAGCACCGGGGAGACGAUGCACCAGCAACCGACCAUCUCCAGCACUGAGCGGACGGCGGUGGCGCAUAAGCUCGAGGAGGAUCUGCCGCGGGUGGUCACCGCUUUCCUGCACACGGGGGACUCAUCCACCCUGGAGCAUGUCAGCUGCUCUCGGCGGUAUGAGCUGAGCAGUCUCCGCGGUGGAGCUCACGCCGCCUCGCACUCCUCCCUCCACGGCGUCCUCGACACCAUGACGCACGCCACCAACUUCCUAAACAUGCUCCUGCAGUCCAACAGCUCCAGGGAGCAGCAUCCGAGGAGGGAUAUCCAGUGGUACCACGCGCUCGUGACGAGUAUGUUGGAAGGGAAUCCUAAAAUCCAUCGGGCGGUGCUCACAUUUCACACGGAGUCUCCUGAGGCGCCCGGUCCGCAGGUGUUCCUUCAGGCGACCAGAGGCGAGGAGCGCAUAGUGCUUCAAGAUCUGUCCAACACCGCGCGCCAUCGCCUUAAAAACAGGACGCCUGAGUCCGACUGGUACAACGAGUUUCGGGACAGAAAGAGACCCCAGAGGCCGGAAAAGAGUCGAGGGUUUCCAGCAGCGCAGGGCGAAUAUUUUCUGGACAGAAGUCACGUCAAGUGGUCUGCGCCCUUUCUAGAGUGCGAGCACGGCAGGUUUGUGCCGCACUGGCUGCUGACGCUCUCCGCUGGUUUCUAUGGUCUGAAGAAUUACUCUGCGCCGGAGUUUAGAGGAGUUGUACGUGUGGAUGUUAAUCUGCAGGAUGUGGACAUUGACCAGUGCUCCAGCAGUGGCUGGUUUGCAGGAACUCACCGCUGUAACUUGACAACCAUGGAGUGUAAACCGAUUGCGGGCCAUGGAUUUGUGCUGGACAAGUACAAGUGCCAAUGCAAGAGUGGUUUCUACCACCCAAGCCAAGUGGCGCUCAAUGGCAUCUCAAAAUCAGACAGGGGAACGUACUCUGAUGAAUCCUGGGAACUGUCCGGGAGGUGUUUUCCCUGCCGAGAAGGCUGUCCGUUCUGCACAGGCGACACCCCGUGUCUGGCUCAGGAGGACACGGCUCUCCGCCUCGCCAUGGUCUCCUUUCAGGGCUUCUGCAUGCUCGUGGACCUCAUCAGCAUGGCUGUCGUCUACCACUUUCGUCGCAACAAGAGAAUCAAAGCAUCUAGUCUUAUACUUCUUGAAGCGAUUCUUUCAGGAUCUGUACUUCUCUACUUCCCUGUUAUGAUACAGUAUUUUAAUCCAAGUGUUUUCCGGUGUAUUCUCCUGAGAUGGGUCCGUUUGCUCGGAUUUGCCAUCGUCUACGGAACAGUGAUUCUCAAACUGUACAGGGUUUUGAAGGUGUUCCUGUCCCGCACCGCCCAGCAGAUCCCGUACAUGACCAGCUGGAGGGUUCUGCGUCUGCUUGCUGUGAUUUUGCUGGUGGUUGUGUGGUUCCUAGUGGCCUGGACCUCAGCCGCAUGCCAGAGCCACGACACCCAUCACGCCCUCAUUGACAUCGCUUUCACCCCAGAGGGCCUGCAGUUCAGCAUGUGCCUGAUGGACAGCUGGGACUACAUGAUGGCUGCUGGUUUCAAGAGACUUAGCAUCAGUGGAACUGUUAUGAUACAGUAUUUUAAUCCAAGUGUUUUCCGGUGUAUUCUCCUGAGAUGGGUCCGUUUGCUCGGAUUUGCCAUCGUCUACGGAACAGUGAUUCUCAAACUGUACAGGGUUUUGAAGGUGUUCCUGUCCCGCACCGCCCAGCAGAUCCCGUACAUGACCAGCUGGAGGGUUCUGCGUCUGCUUGCUGUGAUUUUGCUGGUGGUUGUGUGGUUCCUAGUGGCCUGGACCUCAGCUGCAUGCCAGAGCCACGACACCCAUCACGCCCUCAUUGACAUCGCUUUCACCCCAGAGGGCCUGCAGUUCAGCAUGUGCCUGAUGGACAGCUGGGACUACAUGAUGGCUGCUGGAGCUGAAGUGGUCACCGCCCCCUCAGGAGGCCACGCAGCAGAAGCUGCCAACUCCGAAAGAGCUGGAGCAGACUCAAGGACUGGAGCUGACUCAGGAGGAGUAACAGAGCAUCAGAGGAGCGGCCUGCACGUGGUGAUGCUUUUGGCACCUUUAACAAGCUUUGAUCUGAUCUACAGGUUCUCGCUUGGCACUGGGAUGCAUCCAGACUGGAUGCUAAUGUUAUUUUUCGUCCAUACGCAUCUGACAGUGACGGUUACUCUGGGAUUACUUCUCAUUCCAAAGUUCUUGUUCACUGGAACUCAUACACGGGAAGAUAUAGCCACAGAGGCUUAUGAAGAUGAGCUGGAUAUAGGUCACUCAGGCUCCUGUCUGAACAGCAGCAUAACAUCUGCCUGGAGUGAGCACAGUCUGGAUCCUGAGGACAUUAGGGAGGAGCUCAAGAAACUCUAUGCCCAACUGGAGAUCUAUAAAAGAAAGAAGAUGCUGGCCAAUAACCCUCACUUACAGAAAAAACGCAGUUCCAAGAGAGGACUUGGACGGACACUAAUGCGCCGCAUCACAGAAAUACCAGAGACAGUGAGUCGGCAAUACAGCCGGGAAGAUCGAGAUGCAAGUGACCAUGGGAGUAACAGAGGCACUCUGAGGAGAAACCCAUUUGACCCGUCUCACUCCGGGAAGUCAAGGGAAGAAUCGUUAAAGAGAAAGAUGUUCUCACUGAAGAGAUCUCAUAGCUAUGACCAUACACAUGACCAAAGAGGGGAUACCAAUGGGGUGUGUGAAGAUAAAAUGGAGAACUCUACUACUGAGGCUUCUCUGCUUGACACUUUGAUGGGGCGGAGGUCCAACAAGAAGAACCCUGAGGUGCCAAAGGUCAAUUUAGCCGAAUCUACUGAAUCAGUGCCCUUAGUGUGCAAGUCGGCCAGUGCACAUAACCUAGCAGCGGAAAAAAAGCCUGUACAUCUUCGGACCUCUAUGUUACAGAAGUCACUGUCUGUCAUUGCUAACGCCAGAGAACGGACGAUGGGCAUUGCGGGGAAGACCCACAGUGUGGAAGAUGCCAGUAAAAAGGGUCUCAAAGCAAGGGACAGCACAGCACUUUCAGAAGUCGAUGAAUCCCCUGAGUGUUUACCAAAAAUGAUCAUCAGCCAGUCGGUUGAGUACACCAAAACACCUAGUAAGAUGGGCAUCAUGAAGCAGCAGGUGAGUGGCAGUCAGCCUUCCAUUUGUUCAGAACCAGGGAAGAGCAAGGACCUGUACGAUCUCUCUGAGGUGUGCCCUUGGGAAGUGGAGGAGUUACCCACUCCAACAGAGGGCAAGUCACAGAAGCAUGUUUCCAUUGCCCCCACUGAAACCAAUACAAUCAAUGGGAGCAGUGCAAAAAGUGGACACAAGUCUCAACACAAACAAAAAGGGUUGGGCCAAUCUCUGUCAAACCGGCGCCGCUCCAGAGAUAAGACUGGGGACAGGGAUGAAGGGAGGAAACCCAAAUCACCUCUCAACCUCAAUGCCCACAAAGAUGCAAGUCCAUGGAACUUCGAGGAUCUAUCGGUGCAACCAAUGGAGCCUGUAGGACUGUCCCCCGAGAGAACAAGCCGCAAAAAAAGUGUCACUCCCACAGAUGGAAAGCCCAAGAUCAUACUCUCAGACAUCUCCAAAUCCACAGGUAGCCUUUUGCAGCCUCCAGCUCUCAUGGUGGAUAUCUGUCCUUGGGAUUAUGAUCCCCCUCUGUCCCCCAACCAGGACAAGACUUCCAGCCUAUCCACAUAUCAUUCAAAGAGAAGAGAUUCUUGCUCGAAAAGAAAAGGAUCCUGCUCCUCCAAAGAGAAAGCUAAGAAUAAAGAUGAUGAUAAACGAAUGUCCAAAAAUAAGGAGCGGAGAAGCUCCUCAAGCAAACCCUCUGAGAAGCGUCGCACAAGCCAAACAUCAGAGGGGGACCAAGUUGCCACAGUGGCAUCUGGCAGGCGGAGGAGCUCUACUAGAGACUCCUCCAUCAGCGGUAGUAAGCGUGCUGACGUUUGCCCCUGGGAGACAGAGGUAUUGCCAAGUGUUACCUCAAAUGAUAAACAGCCUCCAACAGACUCGACAACUCGAACACCGUCCACUUACCUCAACAUGGAUGAAGUUUGUCCAUGGGAAUUUGAAGAGAAGUUGUCAGGGAAAAGUGCAUGACACAGCAAUCACAAAAUUAGACUACUCCAGUAAGGUUUCUGAGAUGGCAGAUUCCAUAUUUGAAAGUCAAGGCCCAACCAGACCAAGAAAGCGAACUGUAACGAUAAUUGGCUUCCACAUCAAGAACAGACACUAAUGUGCACUGCAGUUAUGUCGUCUGCCGCUUUAAAUGCUGAAGCUCCUUGAAGAUGGGUGGAGUCUGAUUGGCUGUCAAUGUUUUUAUCAUUCAUCAGCUGGAAAACAUAAUUCUAAACGUUAUAUUGCUGUGGUGUGGACUUCACUAUUUUCAUAUAUUUUUAACAAUUACUAAACCUUUAUAGUUAUAGCUAUCAUCCUUGGUGUGAAUGGGCCUUUAGCCUUAUUUUCACACUUAUUUGCUUUACUUUUAAAUAAGUUUGCAUAUAUACCAAGUAAAACACUUUUUCAGUUUUUAAACCUGUCAGUGUUCCACUGUAUUGCCCACGGUACACUGAGUGUUUUAGGCGAUUUAGGCAAAUUUUACAGGAAUGCAAAGGGGUUAAUGCUUGUUAAGGCCCGGGUAUACUCUACUUUCCGCAUUCCGUUCCAUCUCGCGCACAGCCACAUCCGCACAGCUUUCAAAGUAUCCUCAACCUCGGAUGAGUGCAGAUGGACGAGCUCGACACAGGCGCAGUACCACCUACUUGACUUGCGCUCUGUCUCAACUUUCACCUCGUGCAUGCGCUGUUGUACACAGACCGUCCGCGCGGUCUCAAAAAAUUGCCAACUUGGACGGGGUGCACGGCUGUCUGCGAGCCCUCCUGAUGACGAAAAUGACGUAAUGUGGAUGGUGUGCGGAAGUAUACUUUGGCCUUUAUGAAUGUAUAAUGUAAAAGUUUCAUCAACAAAAACUGGCUUCCGAUUGAAAUAAAAAUAUAGUGCCUUGCAAAAGUGUUCAAACCCCUCUCAUUUUCAGUUUCAAGCUUGAUAUUUUAUGUAUUUAUUAAAAACAAUAUAAAAAUUCUGAAGGGCAGGAAAAAACAACAACACAGUGGAUGUCCCAGUGGCACUUUUGCUUCAGUUAUCAGGAAGUGUUCAGACGAUGCAAUGUUUAACCCCUAAAUAAGAAUACCAAAAAUCUCUUUGAUGAAUUAGUUUAUUAUUUAUUCUCACAAACCUU